AUGAGCAGGACGCUGCUGCGCUCCGUCCUGGAGCUGCGCUCUCCGGUCAUGCGCCUCCUUCUGCCAUCGAUCCGGCCGACGGCGACAACCGCGGCGCCCGCCGUGACAGUACCAGCCGCAGCCGCAGCGCGCUUCUUCAACCAAACGGCCCAGCACAUUGAGCCGAGUCAGCCAGAUCCCAGCAUCGUCGCCAACUCCAAGUCGCCCCUUGCGUCCUCACCAUCACCAUCCUCUCUACAACAAACGCAGCCACAACCCUCCGAGACACAGCAGCAGCAGCAGCAGCAGUCCCAGCCAUUAGCCAACACACCACCAAAACCGAUCAGCGAAUCCGUCCGCGCCUUGCUGCCCGUUCUCGCUGCCCAACCGGGCCGUUACAUCACCGUCCACAUCCACGGCCACCCUUACCUGGUGACCGAGGGCGACAGCGUGCGGCUGCCCUUCAAGAUGCCGGGCGUCGUGCCGGGCGACAUUCUCCGGCUGACGCGCGCCAGCAUCCUCGGCAGCCGCGACUUCACGCUCAAGGGCGCGCCGUACAUCGACGAGCGGCUCUUCGAGUGCCGGGCGGUCGUGACGGGGACCGAGUCGGAGCCGCUGCGCAUCAAGAUCAAGAAGAAGCGGAGGUGCCGGCGGACGAAGCACGUCAAGAGCAAGCACCGGUACACGAUGCUGCGGAUCAGCGAGCUGAGGAUUCGGACCGAAGCGGUGAAUGAGGCCUGA